AUGUCGCGCGUGCGCAAAGGCAAAGGAGCUGGCGACAACUAUGAAGACCCAGUACUCAUCGAAUCGACUCAGUCAGAGCGCUCCAGCAGGUCGCCGUCGCUAGGCGUGUUACAUGGCCUAACCGAAUUGGCAAAGAAGAAGAAGGCCAGGGACACGGUCCUGCCUUUCAGACGCGACCUGCCCCCAGUCGCUGGCCCCAGCCGCUCACGUUCCAAGCCCCAGUUUGAAGAAACAUUGGUCAACGGCAUCGACUACACCAAGAAGGAACGUCGACGACACCGAAACCGCAGUCCAGGUGCCUCCCAGACCACCUUGACGCAGGUGUUCAAGCAAGAGCCAGAACCAAAGGUGCGCCCUUCCUCAAGCUCGAGGCCGGUGGCGAGGACGAGCUCUGGCGCUUCCGAAUCGCGACUGGCCUCCCGAAAGCGCGAUGUUUCGAGGACGAUGUCUACGGCGUCAAACCUCACGCGCAAGACAUCCUCCUCCACCAGUGUGGCCACCACCGCUACCGCUCGCCUUUCAUCCAAAGGGUCGUUCGAGAACCCAAUCUCGUUGCUGUCAUCCGACGACGAGCCGUCUCUUGCCAGGCGCGCAUCACAGUCUUCCUCGUCGUCGCGACGACGACGCCCCACGCAGACAGAUCCCCGCGUUCCAGGCUUCCCUACACGCCAACUUGAGCGGACCCACUCUCAAUCGUCCAUUGUCUCCUCACGAUCCCAACACCGCGUUCCAUCCCGCAAUCCGUCUCCAGCGAAGAAGGUUGAAGCCAUGCUCAAGAACACCCCGGAACCGAAGCGCAGUCGCUCACAAUUCCGCUACGCUUCGAUCGAGGACGAUAUCGACUUGCAGCUAGGGUCACAAGAGGCGUGGGAGUCGGCGCGUGUUCUAGUCCCCGAGACGCUCGGACCGACACCAAAACGCGCUCCACCAACCAGGCAAGGACAGUCCAGCAACCACGUCCUCGUGGCCGAGACCAUGUCGCCUGCCAAGGCCAAGUCCUCUAAGCCCUCACAACAGUCGCUCGACUACGCCACCAUGAACUUUUCGGCAACUGAUACGGAGGACGAAGACUCCUUUGGUGGCAACAUGAUUGAGCGGCUUCAAGCUCGGCGCAAAAAAGACCUGGCUAAGGCUUCUGGAGACCGCCAAGAAAGGCGGCUUAUCGACACUGUCCAGGAGGAGAGCCAGGUCCCGGACUCGGUUGUUGGCUCACCAUCACCAGAGCCAGCGGCUGAUGAUAUUGCUCGUGACACACCUGAGCCUGAUGGACUCGCCACCCCCCGGCCACUCUUGCCCAACUCUUUACCCUUAGACACUCCCCCUCGCCAAAAGCCCAACCCCAACGUAGUGGGUCCCACCACGCCAAAGGGGUUUGCUAUGCUUGGCCUCGUACGUUCCCCGACUCCAGCUGGGUCUCCCAAGUCGCCAUUCAAGCAACUCAAGUUAUCUCCAGUCAACUCUGCUCACCGACUUCCACCCAUGGGCGCGACUGCCAAGCGCCGUCGUCUUGAAUUUGUCGCCGAUGAUGAUGAGAGCUACCGUCCCAGUCCGACCACCAAGCUCGGCCGCAGUCUCGCCGUCAAGGCCGCGCCCAAGUCGACGGCCAAGCCGGUCACUGUCCCAGAGGUGGUGGAGCCGGAGCCCGCCAGGCGCCCUCGCCGCGUGCAGUCUGCGCCUGGCAAAUACACUCUUCCACCAGUCGACACACCCAUCCAUCAGUGGCCCACCACGAAGGGCACUGUAGAUUCUCCCAGCGGCCGCAGGAAACGCAAAUCAAACGUGUCUGAUGGCGGUCCUGGACCAAGCAAGCUCAGAGAGUCGACCACUACGGCUAAGCGAGCCAAGGUGGUUGAACCCCCCAAGCCACCACCAGUCUCAGCCAGGGCGGCGAGACACUCGAGGAGAGCCGUUAAUCAAGAGCCCCAAGUGCCACCCACACCCGACAGGACCUCCGACGACGAAGACGCGCCCCGUACACCGCCUCGCCCUUCGCGUUCUAUGUCUAGCGAGUUGACGCCCCUUCCCCCGACUCAGAUGCCCCGGCGCCUCAGCCCAACGCCCCUGUCGUCUGAACCGGAGGAGCAGGAAGAGCAAGAGGAGGCGGAAGAGACAGAUAUUCCCCAGCCUGAAGUUGAGGAGCCUGAACCCGAACCUCUGGAGCCUGAUCUUUUGGACGAGUAUGCCGACUUUCUCAAUUCUCCUGCGGCUUCUCAAUCUGUCGGCCUGCGCCCAAGCCAGCAGACUCCCUCGAAGCGCUCGCGUUACAGCGCCUCGCCUGCUGUCGGCCGCGCAUCGCUCUCGCCGACCCCCCCUUCUCAGUCGCAAUCGAAGACGCCGACCGGAUCGCAGGCCAAGCUAGCGCCCGUCACCGAGAGACAAGAGCAACAGAACCUCGCCGCCCGUAUUCUUGCCGACCGGGCGGAAGAAGACCGUCUGGCCAAAGCCAAGGAGGAAGAGGAGGAGCUCAUUCGCAAGGCCCGCGAUGAGCGUCUGCGCGACCUCAACCAACGUUGUGGCCUUCCCGAGGACGACAGUGAUGAUGAUGACGACGACGACGACGGGUUCAAACUCAACCUGUCGCAGGCCCUCCGGGACGCACGGGCUGCGGACGGUGAUUCGUCUGUCCGCAAGUCGCGCCGCCUUCGCGAAGCGGCUAGCAACCUCGCGAGCGAUGCCGAGUCACAGCCUCGUGCCACACCCGCGCCCAAAAAGGACUAUGGCUUCAGCCGUCUGAUGCGCAAGCACGACAGCGAGGUCGCGCGCGGUGUGAGCUGUAGGGAUCUCGAGCGCAUCAUGAGCGAGUCGCGUGUCCCGAGCCCCGAGAAAGGAAUGAGCGCCGACAACUCGUGGGAGCACGAGGAGGGUCUGGACUCGGACCAGGACGGUGACGGUGACGGUGACGUCGAUGAGCUGCUGGCUCUCAAGGGCGUGGACGACGAGGUCAAGCAGCAAGUCAUGGGCAUGCGUGCUGAGCGCGAGGCCGCCGAGGAACACAAACGCGACCUGACCACGCGCGUUUUGACGUUCUGGACCAACGAGAACCCCGAGCUGGACGCGAUGGACACUGCUGCGUUCCCACAAGUCGAGGACCCGAUCGCCCAAGACUUUGCUGGCACUACAGACACCGACGAACUUUGUGCACUGUUUUCGUGUGGUAUCAUGGACAAUAUCGAGGACGAGGAUACGCCGCUCAUGGCCAGCUGGCUCUUUGACCUUGCGUUCUCGGCCGACGAGAACCUUGCCUUGAUUGCCAGCACCCAGCUUCUCGAUCUUCUGUCCCAUGAGGGUGGGACGCAUCCAUUCAACGAUUCGCGCCAGCUCUGCGACCUUGUCGUUGGCGUGUGGGCCAAGCUUGGUGCCAAGCCCGAGGUCGUUGGAGAGGAAAACGACCACCCCGAGGUCCGUGUUGCACGCGACCGCCAGUCCGCCAGCGUUCUCAUCUGCCAGAUCGUAUGGGCAGCAGUUAGUUCCUCACUCCUCUUGGCGCCCGAGUGUGAGACACUGUUGUGUCACCUCUCGCUCCUUGCCGUCGACCCUUCCACCACCCCGGCCCUGUCCCGCUCCAUCGUCGAGGCCGUCGACGCGCUAGUCACCGCGGCUGUGGAGGUUGUGGAUGUCAUCAACGUCGCCGUUGAGAUGGCCGACAAGCUCUCCCAUCUCCCACUCAACCUCCUGGCCAAGGCCAUCCUCGCUCUUGGCCAAGGCACAUCCUCGACGCGCGAGCUCGUCCGCUGGCUAGCCAUGGCCCUGCUCGUCCCCGGAUCCCUCGACUCGAUCGGCGACGACGACCACGUUCCCUCCAUCGCGCACCUCACCAUCGGCCUCGACAGAGUCAUCAGGGACCUCUCGACUCCCGACCCGAACAACGACUACAUCGACCUGUCGUACAUGCUCACCCUGUGGGUCGCGGCCGCCUCGGACAUUCCAACGCUCCUCGGCGACGCCGACUCGUCCUCGGGCAAGCAGCUGCGCACCUUGGCCAGCAACCUGAUGCACGCGCGCAACAAGAUCAAGGACACGUCGGCGGGCGCCCAGGCCGGCAGUCUCAAGUCGCGCCUCCACAUCGCCAGCAACGUGCUGCAUCUGCAGCAGCGGUUGGCGGAAAGCAAGGCCAAGGCGGCGCGUCUGUCGGGUCGCGGCCUCGAACAAGGCCAAGGCGGCCAGACGAGACUGAGCCUCGGUGGUGCCAAGGAGUAG